AUGUCAUGCUCUAUACAGCACAGCUGCUUAAGGCAGCUUGUGCGGAACUCCCUCGGACGAAAUUCACUACCUGUUUUCCUAGCCCCUGCGUUUUCUCAUCCUCUCAGAGCACAAUGCUUCUCAACCACAUCUUCGGCGCAGUCUCGUGUCGGCGGCGCCUCGAUAUCAAUCCCCCCCGAAGUCUCACUUAACUUCAUCGAUCUACCUCAGGCAAAGACACGAGGGAGAGCUAAAGAAAUCCCCAAGACCGCAAUUGAAAUCAAGGGCCCAUUAGGCGAAUUGACCUUGAAAAUACCUCCGUUUAUUGAUGUCGCACAUGACGAAGCUCUCCGGAAAGCAAACCUUUCCGUUCAGGAUCCAACUAUCGCGCACCAGCGUGCUAUGUGGGGAACAACCCGGGCGCAUUUACAGAAUUACGUUCUGGGAGUGUCGGAGGGUCACGUCUGCAUCCUGAGUCUCGUCGGUGUGGGUUACAGGGCUAGCGUUGAGUCGUCCGCAACCACAGUUGAACCCGAAUACCCCGGACAGCAAUUCGUUUCUCUUAAGGUCGGAUAUUCGCACCCAAUUGAAUUGGGAGUUCCGCAGGGCGUCAAAGCAAGCACGCCCCAGCCGACGCGUAUCUUGCUGGAGGGCAUCGAUAAGGAAGUUGUGACGCAGUUUGCGGCGGAGAUCAAGCAAUGGAGGAAGCCGGAACCAUAUAAGGGUAAGGGUAUUUUCGUGAACGGGGAGACUAUCAGAUUGAAGGCCAAAAAGAUCAAAUGA